AUGUCGCUCACGCCGGCACAGCGCGUGGAAAAGCGCCCGGGCCUACGGACCAAGAACGCGCUCGAUGACUUUGAGUUCUACGAGAAAAUCGGCCGUGGCGCCUACGCCGACGUGUACCGCGGGCUCAACACGAAAACAAAGAAGGUCGUGGCCAUCAAGCAGAUCACAUUGGACAAGGACUACAAUCCCAACGCGCUCAUGGGCGAGAUCGACCUCCUCAAAAUACUCAAGCACCCCAACAUUGUGAAGUACCAUGGCUUCGUCAAGACGCUGGACUCGCUCAACGUGUUUCUAGAGUUCUGCGCGGGCGGCUCGUUGCGCCAGAUCUACAAGAAACAGGGCCACGGCUUCCUGGAAUCCCAAAUCAUCUCCUACGUGAAUCCGAUCUUGAAGGGCUUGCAGUAUCUCCACGAGCAGGGUGUGGUUCACCGAGACGUCAAGGCAGCAAAUGUCCUUCUCACAGGAUCGGGAGAGGUCAAAUUGGCCGACUUUGGCGUGGCCACAAAAGUGUCCACACUGCACAACACCGUUGUGGGCACGCCCAACUGGAUGGCUCCUGAAACCGUCUUGGGUGGAGACGGAAUUUGCACCGCGUCUGAUAUCUGGUCUCUUGGAGCAACCAUCAUCGAGUUGUUCACCAUGAAUCCGCCAUACCACGAACUAAACCCCAUGGCCACGCUACAUGCAAUAGGUACUGACGAGCAUCCAGUGUUGCCCACUGGUCUUUCGCCCUUAGCCAAAGACUUUCUCCUCGAGUGUUUCCAAAAACAGUCCAAUCUACGCAUCAACGCCAAAUUGCUUCUCAAGCACCGCUGGGUGAAUCCGGAUCAGCACAACACGUUCAAGUCCUCCCCAAGCCCCGCAAACAUGAACACUUUGCUGCGGCAAACUUUUCUAUCUACUUCCCACCAGGGACCUGAGCCGGUUGCCGGCCUGCAUGGGCCACUCCACAAUUUCACCAUCACUCCUCCGGGCCUCAAAUCGGAUGAGUUCACGCCCGCCACACAGGUGCUGAAUCUUGUGAAGGAAACAUCCGAUGUGCCUGGGCAGGCGUACUCGCGUGCAGAAUUGCUUGCAAAGUUUACUGAGAAAGAAGAAGGCGCAGAUGAGAACUUGUUUCUGGCGACAGGCGACUUUGCCGACACCUUGGUGUUCAAAGAAGUGCUUCAGAAACAGCCCUCUUUGAAUCUGAGCGAUGAAGUCGAGGAAAACGAUCCCUUUUUUGCAUUGGAUAUCAAUAAUUUCGACACUAGCGAGCUUGAAAUCCAGGGAAAGAUGGAGUUUCUUCUAUCCAAGUUGGUAUCUCGCGUCUCCAGCUGUCAUGUGGCUACUGAUGAUGCGAUCAAUGUUCUUGAAAAAAUUACAGGUAGAAUGUACUACUUGGUGAGAAAAUAUCCAACUUCGCAUGAUGUUCUAAUUCGUGAUCACGGUAUCUUGACAUUAAUGGAAUUGCUAGAAAACGCCCUGGAUCUUGCCGAUCGUCACAAACUAUGGAAUUAUGUGCUUGGCAUCCUCAAUAACUUGUUCCAGGUGAACAUCGCUCAAAUUGAAAAUUUCUCGCUCUUGGGUGGCAUUCCUAUGAUCACGCGCUUUUCAAAAUUGUCUUUUGGCUUACAGAUUCGCUCGCAAGUUGUCAAGUUUGUGAAAACUCUUCGCAAGUCCGAAAAGGCGUUGCUCAUGUUUGUUUCUUCUGGGGGUUUGCGUAUUCUAUCGCGGUUCUUAGAAGAAGACUUUGAGACAAGUCCAGACUUCUCGCUCGUGGCGGUUCAUUGCAUCCAUGAAAUUCUAGCCAAAGACCUCACCAGAUUUAAAUCGGAUAUGUGUCGCAUACUUUCCAAGUACGGUAUCGUGUUUUGGUUUGUCGUCUUACUAAACCGUCUCACAAAGUGUUACAACCAAAAGAAAAGCCUCAUGUCCACUGAACAUCUUGAAGCCACAAUUGACAAAAUCCUCGAGGUCAUCAAAUAUUUUGGACAAUCCGAAGCAAGAGUCAGGAUCAAUGUUUCCAGCCCGGACUUGUUCAAGCUUUUGAUCAAAGUGUAUCCUUCGCUUUCGUUCCAUCGUCAAAUGGAACUACUUAAAUUUUUCAGAUCCAUCAGCUGUAUCUCUGAGCUUUUGCGGCCAUUGAAUUCGGCGGAUAUCUUGGAGUUCUAUGUCACGCUUCUCAGGCAGUACACUCCAACGCAUCCGCAAUAUAAAGAAGUGAUGAACAUAUUGUGUCCAUCUCUUUACAACUGCUGUAACUUGAAUCAUAGCAGCGAAAGAGAAUUAGCAAAGUUGGGAGCAAUACCACUUCUCAGAGACUUAUCAAGAAUCAAUCUACCAUUUCGGCAAUUUGUUCUCCCAAUUCUAUGUGAACUCGUUUACUGUGAUUCGUCAGUACGCGCGCUUCUCUUGAAACACGAUAUUCCCACCAUUUACUUCAAUUUGCUCGUGGAUCCAUAUUGGCAUUAUAAUGUAAUGGACUCUAUUUUACACUGGAGCUCGCAGAACGAGGGAUUCAACUGGCUUGAAUCUGCUACUGCGAAAAACUGCUUGGUGAGCGGCUUUAUGAUGAACAAAGUCUCCAAUCUUGAAGCAGUGCUAGAAAACUACCUAAAGCUCAUGACGAAAAAUGAUCAGGUCGUUCGAUUGUUGGCAAGAGACUCGAUCAUCGAAAAUAUCUUGGGGAAGUUGAACAUAUACAGCAAGGCCCCCGCAGCAAAAUUCUCGUUGCUUAGAAUUUUACACCAAAUCCUUUUCUUUGCAUCAGAUCAUGCUAUGGUGAAGAAAUUUAAAGUAUUGGGCUCCGUUCAAAAGACCAUGUCGUCGAUCAUCGCAUUUGACACCUCAGUCUUGGCGAAAGACCUUGCAAGCCGUAUCGUCCUGGAGAUUGGCACGGACUGCAGGUAA